UUUGUUUCGAAACUUUUAAGAGAAACCACCUUCAUCGCCUUCAGAUUUAACAAGCACAUGCACAUGUAUUUGUAAAUGCAUUGGCUUCUUUCGCCAGCUAAUAAAGACAUUUGGUAUCUCAAAAUAUAUUCGUAACUGAAACCAACUUGUAUGCUUAGGAAUAAUUGAGAUUAAAUUGCUCAUGUUUGUCUCUAUGAGACUAUAAAUUGAGCUUUAAUGAUUCUGAUUAUCAAAUACAAGAGGACGAACAUGGCUGUAAGAAAAAGAGAUUUUCAGUUUUCUUCACUUGGCAAACUUGUUAUGAUUCUGUGCCUAUCCCUUUCUGUUCCUUCUUCUGUUCAUUCUAAAUGCUUGAAAAAUCCAGUGAUCUUCGUCUUCGGGGACUCUAAUUCUGACACCGGAGGUUUCUCAUUCGGACUGGGCUUCAUUUUUGGUCCGCCUCAUGGCCGUAAUCUCAAUCAACCAUCUGGCCGUUUAUGUGAUGGACGGCUGAUCAUUGAUUUCCUUUGUGAUAGUUUAAAUACUAAUUAUUUGACCCCAUAUCUGGAAUCUCUGGGGCCAAAUUUUAGUAAUGGAGUUAAUUUUGCUAUAUGUGGUGCAGCCACUUUACCAAGAUAUACACCUUUCCAGUUGGGCGUUCAAAUGCUUCAGUUUUCGAGAUUUCGUUCCCUCUCCUCUCAGCUUAUAUCCAAAGGCUACAAAAAUUUGGUAAGUGAGGAGGACUUUAAGAAUGCACUUUACAUAUUUGACAUUGGACAGAAUGAUUUGGUUGGGGCAUUUGGCUAUCUCUCGUACCAACAAGUUCUUGAGAAGAUUCCAUCUUUCAUUGCCGAAAUCAGAUUUGCUAUUUGGAGUAUAUAUCAACAAGGAGGGAAGAAUUUCUGGGUACACAAUACUGGGCCACUGGGCUGCUUGCCACAAAGUCUUGCUACAACUGCCAAAAAUGCUAGUGCUUUUGACGAGUAUGGAUGUAUUCAGUCCCUAAACAAUGCUGCAAAUGCAUUUGAUAUUCAAUUGAGCGCCCUGUGUGAAAUACUCAGAUCAGAGAUGAAGAAUGCCACCAUUGUAUAUGUGGAUAUAUAUAAUAUUAAACUUGAUCUCAUAGUCAAUUCUGCCAAAUAUGGUUUUGAGAACCCUUUCAUGGCCUGCUGUGGCUAUGGUGGGAUGCCGUACAACUUCAAUCCCAAUAUCAGGUGCAGCCAAACCAGUGCCAACGUCUGUAAUCAAGGAUCUCAAUACGUAAGCUGGGAUGGAGUUCACUACACUGAAGCUGCAAACUCAAAUUUUGCCUGGAAAAUACUAUCUACUAAUUACUCUACACCUCGAAUCAAGUUUGAUUUCUUUUGUAAUUAAGUUGACUUGAUAUGCACAAGUCUAGAAACAUGUAGUAUACUGGUAUAUAAUUAAUCUUUCGAAUUUUCUUGGGAAGAUUCCUUUUGGUC